GCGCGGCAGACACACGGCCCAUGACGUCCAAUGAGAAGGUAGGAACGGCGCUUGGGGGGCGGGCCUGGUGCCUAUUCGAAACAGGCGGCAGCUGCAGGAAGAUGGCCGUUCCGCCUCUCCGUCAUCGAUCUCGCUAUGCAAAGCUGCCCGCAGGUGACUGUGAUGGCGCUAAGAAGGCGACUGACGAACCUUCUCUUACGACUUCCCUGGAGUGGGACACGCAGGUGGUGAUGGGGUCCUCGCCACUCGGCCCUGCGGGGCUGGGGGCGGAGGAGCCGGCCGCCGGCCCGCGGCUGCCGUCAUGGCUGCAGCCCGAGAGGUGCGUCGUAUUCCAGUGCGCGCAGUGCCACGCGGUUCUUGCCGACUCUGUGUAUCUCGCCUGGGACCUGUCGCGUUCCCUCGGAGUCGUGGUCUUCUCUAGAGUCACAAAUAACGUCAUUUUGGAAGCGCCCUUCCUAUUUGGCUUUGAUGGUUCGUUCAAAGGCAGCACUUACAACCUUUUAUUCUGUGGUUCCUGUGGGACUCCCAUUGGUUUCCAUCUAUAUUCUACCCAUGCUGCCCUGGCUGCCUUGAGAGGUCACUUCAGCCUUUUCAGUGACAAAAUGGUGUGCUAUCUCUUAAAAACAAAAGCCAUAGUAAAUGCAUCUGAGAUGGAUCUUCAUAUUGUACCUCUACCAGAAAAGAUUGCAGAGCUGAAAGAGAAGAUAAUGGUAACACAUACUCACUUAAAUUCACUAAUGAAGAUUGUGAAGGAAGUGACUCCUGACCAGUCCAAGCCAGAAAACUGAUCCAGAACCAAAGCUUGAGUACCAAGUUCAGGCUUUAUUGCUGUCUUCAACAACAGGUGCUGUUUGGUCAUUUCUUGAAGACUGACUUCAAGAAUGGGGAGUGUGGGGUGUGUGCAGUUUAUUUUGUUUAUCUCUAGGCUAAUUUUCUAAGUGAUCUGUAAAACUGUUGUUAGAGAGAAGCUAAAGAGUCUUCUGUCCAGGUUUCAUAGCUAUUUGCCUUAAGAACUCAUUUUAGCUUCUUAUCAAUUUCACAUUUAUCUCAGAAAACAUCUUUGACUGCAAAUUUAGGAAUUAGGAUGCAGUGUCCCAUGUGUCCUCUGACCUAAAGAUGCAUGGUUGGUCUGAGAAUAGGGCUGGUCUUAAUGUUGACUACUAGUAUUCCUACAUGCAGCAGGUGUUAUAUGAGUACUGAUCUUUUUUUCUUAGGUAAAAUACAAAUACUUAAUAUUCUAUAGGUAAUAAAUAAAUUGACUGGAUAAUAUACAAUUUGUCACUUUUCACUUGUGAACUAAGCUUAACAGGCUAACAAUGAAAGGAAGCACUAAAACAUCAAAUAUUCAUUGAA